CCCCCCCCGGUUGCCCCCACCACAGGACCCUGUUGUCCCCGGAUCACCCGGUGAUGAGUUGCCAUAGUGUGGAUUGGCCGGUCACCAGCACCGUAAGAACCAAUGAUGCUUUAGGGCAGCGAUGGAGAACCUUGGCACCACGGAUGUUGUGUUUCCGGUGAAGAAGGUUCCGGAAUAUAGAGUUGUGUUUCCGGUGAAGAAGGUUCCGGAAUAUAGAGUUGUGUUUCCGGUGAAGAAGGUUCCUGAAUAUAGAGUUGUGUUUCCAGUGAAGAAGGUUCCGGAAUAUAGAGUUGUGUUUCCGGUGAAGAAGGUUCCGGAAUAUAGAGUUGUGUUUCCGGUGAAGAAGGUUCCGGAAUAUAGAGUUGUGUUUCCGGUGAAGAAGGUUCCGGAAUAUAGAGUUGUGUUUCCGGUGAAGAAGUUUCCUGGAAUAUAGAGUUGUGUUUCCGGUGAAGAAGGUUCCGGAAUAUAGAGUUGUGUUUCCGGUGAAGAAGGUUCCGGAAUAUAGAGUUGUGUUUCCGGUGAAGAAGGUUCCGG